AUGAAAGAGUUGAAGCUAGCUCUGAAACAGUGGAAUAGUGAAGUAUUUGGCAAUAUAAAUACUAAAUUGAAACAAGCAAAAGAUGAGUUGCAUCAGAUUGAUCUGGUAGAAAAGGUUAGAGAGCUUGUAGAGGCAGAAAAAGCUCGAAGAAGAGAGGUUAGUGAAGAAGCUGGCAAGUUGUAUAGAAUGGUGGAGUGGAUGUGGCUUCAAAAAUCAAGACUAAAUUGGGACUUGAAGGAAGACAAAAAUACAAAAUAUUUUCAUGUGGUAGUCAAAAGUAGGCAGGGGAGAAAUGAGAUUAACUCCUUAUCUAUUGGAGAUGAAGUUUUUGAAGAUCCUAAUAAAGUAAAGCAGGAGGUUCAAGCAUAUUUUCAAAGACAAUAUAAAGAGGAAUGGAGAUCAAGACUUGUGUUGGAAGGAUCUUUCAAGUCAGUUAGGAACAGCCCAUUUUUUGAUCUAAUGGAAUCAGAAUUUUCUGAGGCAGAGAUUAGGUGUGCUAUUACAGAUUGUGAUGGUAACAAGGCUCUAGGCCCAGAUAGGCUCAACUUGGCAUGUGUCCAGAAGAUGUGGAAGAUUCUAUCAAAGGUACUAUCCUCUAGGUUAAAGGCAGUGCUCCCUCAAAUUAUAAGUGAAAAUCAAUCAGCAUUCGUAGGAGGUAUGAACAUAUUAGAUAGUGUUUUGGUAGCAAAUGAGGUGGUAGAUGGAUGGAAGAAGUCUAGGAAUUUUGAGAAAGUCUAUGACUUAUUAAAUUGGGACUUUUUGUUUUCAAUGAUGAUAAAUUUUGGGUUUGGAGAGAAGUGGAUGGGAUGGAUUAAGGAGCGUAUUACCUCUUCUAGACUAUUUGUGCUUGUUAAUGGAGUACCAACUGGUGAAUUUAGUCCCCAAAGAGGGCUCAGACAAGGGGAUUCCUUGUCCCCUUUUCUGUUCAACAUAGUAGCUGAGGGUUUAAAUAUUUUACUAUCAAGAGCUUUGGAUAUGGAAUUGAUAAAAGGGGUGAAGAUUGGUGCAGUAAAUCUAUAUGCUCCAAAUGAAAUGGGGCAAAUAGGGAAAUUAUGGGAGAGUCUGUUGAAGUUAAAGGAGGAGUCCUUGGUAGAAGAUAUACAUGGUGCAACUCCAGGGAAAGGGAAAAAUGGAGCAAAAUUGACAAGGUUUUAG